AUGAACGCCUUGGCUUCCUUCGUCGUUAUUUAUCAUGAUGUACCUUUUCAGGUGCUGGCUAGCGUGGUGGCCAUGGCGGCAGCGCAGGGAUACGGCGGUGGCGGCGGCGGCAGUGGUGGCGGGGGGGGGCGGUUCAUCCCCAUCGUGAAGGACGACCGCACGCAGAACGCCUACGGCGAGAACACCUUCGAGUUCGAGGCCGCCAACGGCAUCGUCCGCUACGAGUCCGGAAAAGAAGACAACGGACACGUGCAGGAGGGAGGCUGGAGGUACCAGGCGCCGGAGGGCGUCCCUGUGGAGAUCACCUUCGUGGCCGACCAGGGGGGGUACCAGCCCCAAGGGGCCCUGCUCCCCGUGGCCCCGCCUCUUCCCUACCAGAGGACGCAGUCCUUCGGAGGAGCAGCAGGAGGCGGCGGAGGAGGAGGAUAUGCGCUCCUGCAUAAAGGCGUGGCCACGACAGGCCGAGAAGCAGGUGCAUGUGUCAGUGUAUAUAAGGCGGGCGAGUGCGAAGGAAGCCAGUCUCGGAGCAGCUUCCCUGCGCAGUCAUGA